UCAUAAACGUGGUUGUUACAGUGAGAGAGAUUUUGAUUUUCUUCUCUCUGUUUGUGGGAUCACAAAGUCAAAACAAGGAAGAGCAGCGAUGGGAUCGGUAGCAAAGAAUGGCCUUCAACUGUAUCUGACGCAGCUCCAGCGACAUCCUUUGAGAACCAAAGUGAUAACGGCAGGAGUGAUUUCGGCGAUUAGCGAUAUAACGGCGCAGAAGCUCACUGGCAUCAAGAAACUUCAAAUCAGACGCCUUCUCCUCAAAGUGCUUUUUGGCUCUGCUUAUCUUGGACCCUUCGGGCAUUACUUUUACACACUGUUGGAUAAAAUUUUCAAGGGGAAGAAGGAUAAUAAAACUGUUGGCAAGAAGGUUUUGUUGGAGCAACUGACGUCUUCACCGUUGAACAACUUGGUUUUCAUGCUAUACUAUGGAUUAGUCAUCGAGGCAAGGCCAUGGCUUCAAGUGAAGUCCAAGAUCAAGAAGGAAUUUCCAGCGGUGCAGUACACAGCAUGGACGUUCUGGCCAGUUGUCGGAUGGGUUAACCACCAGUAUAUACCGCUGCAUCUUCGUGUUGUUUUUGGAAGUACUGUUGGCUUCUUCUGGGCUGUAUUCAUGAAUCUGAGAGCUAAGUCCAUGGCCAUAAAGAAAAGUUAAGCUUGUGUAACAGCAACAUAUAUGUAUUCUGCAAGUUGUCUCUCCGACGACUAUUAGUGUUGUAUGAUGUGAUUUUUUAAGUAUGACAAUUUUAAAAUAAACUCUCAACUUUUAUCUUGUGA